AUGGAGAAGUGCGACGACGCCAACCCGAAGCCGCAGACCAAGAAGCCAUACGAAAUCCUGUAUCUCCUCGACUACCUACCCAAAGCCAGCCACCCGGCGGGGACGCCCGAAGACGUCGACGCGUACCUGCAAAACCUCGUCGCCGAGACCUUCUACUACGACUUCUACCAUUCGAGCGACGCGUUCCGCAAGAGCUAUGUCGACUCGCACGGCCGGCAGCUACCGUACGUGAUCCCGUUUGUGCAGCGGCGGUGGGCCAAGGGUGCCGCCGUCACGCCGUCGCAGAACCAAGAGGCGCGCAGGAAGCUUGGCGUGUACAGCACGUGGCUGCACGAGACCUUGAUUGCGGCGAGGGAGGCCGAGGCACGAGCUCUUCUGCCGCCCAUCCUGGGCGCCCUCGACAUCGUGGUUCCCGUCGGGGACGUCCCGUACAACUCUAGAAUCACGGGCAGGGUCGGGUAUCUCCCGGUCGUGGUCGACGUUAUGGCGGCACCGGGGAAGGACUCCGGGCUGCUUGACGGGGCGGAGCAGAUCAUGGCGAAGUCGGAGCGGCCAACCGUAGUAGCGACGGGGUCGUGA